UUUGACAGCCAGUCUCUUUGUUACAGUUCCCUCCCUAGCCUGUACAGAUCAAUCCGGUUACUUAUAAGCAGGCGUGAGUGUGGUACAACCAGAGACUGACUACGUACCUGAACAAGCGACAACAUGCCAUCACGGACAGCGUCCAUGUGGAAUCUCGCGAUAGCCCUUCUUUUGGUAUGUGGCCGGAUUAAUGCUAUACAGGCAGACCCUCAGCUUGAUAAACGUGAGGCUGACCAGGACGUAAGCAUAGAUGAGCUUCCGGUUGAUGAAGAUGAGAUAGAUGAAAAACGAACCUUCGAUUCCAUCUCCGGAAAUGGUAGGAUUUCUGGAUUUGCAAAAAAGACAUUUGAUUCGAUAUCUGGAGGUAAUAGUAUGCCAGCAUUUGCAAAACGUCCCCUUGAUAAAAUUUCUGGAAAUGGCGGGUUUUCAUCUUUUGCAAAACGUAAGUUUGAUUCAAUAUCUGGAAGUGGAGGAAUAUCUUCAUUCGCAAAACGCAAAUUUGAUUCGAUAUCUGGAGAUGGCGGAAUGUCCUCAUUCGCAAAACGCAAGUUUGAUUCAAUAUCUGGAGAUGGCGGAAUGUCCUCAUUCGCAAAACGCAAAUUUGAUUCGAUAUCUGGAGAUGGAGGAAUGGCCUCAUUCGCAAAACGCAAAUUUGAUUCAAUAUCUGGAGAUGGCGGAAUGUCUUCAUUCGCAAAACGCAAAUUUGAUUCGAUAUCUGGAGAUGGAGGAAUGGCCUCAUUCGCAAAACGCAAAUUUGAUUCGAUAUCUGGAGAUGGCGGAAUGUCCUCAUUCGCAAAACGCAAAUUUGAUUCGAUAUCUGGAGAUGGUGGAAUGUCCUCAUUCGCAAAACGCAAAUUUGAUUCGAUUUCUGGAGAUGGAGGAAUGGCCUCAUUCGCAAAACGCAAAUUUGAUUCAAUAUCUGGAGAUGGCGGAAUGGCCUCAUUCGCAAAACGCAAAUUUGAUUCGAUAUCUGGAGAUGGCGGAAUGGCCUCAUUCGCAAAACGCAGAUUCGAUUCGAUUGCUGGAGGUGGCGGGUUGUCCACGUUUGCAAAACGCAAAUUCGAUUCAAUAUCUGGAAAUGGUGACAUGUCCGCAUUUGCCAAACGUAAAUUUGAUUCAAUUUCCGGAUAUGGUGGUAUGCCUGAGUUAGCAAAACGAAAAUUUGACUCAAUUUCUGGAAGCGGAGGGAUGCCUUCAUUUGCGAAACGAAGAUUUGAUUCGAUCUCCGGAAACAGCAGAUUUGCUGGAUUCGCAAAACGUCCGCUUGACACAAUAUCUGGGAAUUCUGAUAUCUCAGGUUUCAUCAAAAGACGGUUUGAUUCAAUCGAUGGCACGGGAAGACUAGCAGGACUUAACAAACGUAGAUUUGAUUCCAUCUCGGAUCAUGGUGGCCUCAGUGGAUUUGCUAAAAAGAACUUUGAUAGUAUCGACAGAGGGGCGGCAUUCGCGGGCUUCGUAAAGAGACCUGCAGGCAACGAUGGCGCAGACGACGAUACAGAUGACUUGACGAAAAGACGUAUGGAUUCCAUCGCUAGUGGUGGAUUUGGAAGUUUGAGCAAGAGAACUUUUGACUCCAUAAGCAGAGGUGGAUCACUUAUGGGAUUUGCAAAGAAAUCAUUUGAUAGCAUCAACACAGCAGGACUUAGAGGGUUCGUUAAAAAAGACGACGAGGCCUGAUUGGCUUGUUUCAAAUCACAUGACUAGUGUAUGAUGUACGAAACAAUGUACAACGAAAUCCAACAGUGUACAAUCACGUACAACAUACAAUGUACAAACGUCAGUGUAUCAAAUACAAUGUGUACACAUGAAGUACACCGAACAUGGUUUAUCUGUGUUGAUCAUUGUUUAACCAGAGCGUUAUUUUGAAUAACUGUAAAUAUAAAUAUGCAAACACAAAUAUAUGGACUAUUUUAUUAUGGCGAGACAAGGCGGUGAAAGGGCGGAAGUGCUGAUCAGUUCAGCCUGUGAUAUGGACUUUAUGGUAGUUGUAUUUGAGUUAACUCAUCUUUGUUAUUGUUUCCCAGGUGGCGCGGUAUUGUCUUCACUCUACAAGCUCUAGGAUGACUCCCUGGACCAAUAUGUUACUAUCAGAAGGACUCUGCAUGUCUGUAUUUUAACCUUUGUCCUAGAUUAGCGGUACCCGACAAUGGUUCUUGUUAAAUGAGCCAUACAGUAGCUAACGUUAACUUCUCUGUGUUUUAAAUAUUGACACAUGUAAGUCUCGUUGAUCGAGAUCACUACCCUACUGUUUCAGACCACAACUUUAUAAACUUGCUUUAUCACGUAUGUGAAUUUCAAAUAAAAUACAUCUUACAAGUUCA